AGCACGUGCCGUUCCUCGUGACGCUCUUCCUGCUCAUGAUCCCGGCCGAAAUGCCCGAAUUGCGGAGCCGCGACGACAUCAACUACCUCGUCGAAGUGUGUGUGCCCACGCUCUCGACAACGGACGCGGCCAAGAGCUUUGAAGUCGCGAUCGAGUACUGCCUCGGGUCGCGCUUCAAGCGCUGGGACAACACCCUCCACAUUGUCGCGCACAAGUACUUGUAAUUGAUACAUUUUUGAUUUCUCUCGGAUCAUUCUGCACGCAGCCACCAAAG